AUGGCUCUGCCUUUUGAUCAAGUGGAGGAACUGCGCCUCUACCAGCAAACUCUUCUCCAGGAUGGACUCAAAGACAUGUUGGACCACAGUAAGUUUCUGGACUGUGUCUUAAAAGUCAAGGGGAAGGAGUUUCCCUGCCAUCGGCUGGUGCUGGCAGCUUGCAGCCCGUACUUCCGGGCAAUGUUCCUCUCGGACAUGGAAGAGAGCAAGAAGAGGGAGGUCAGUUUGGAAGAUGUUGAUCCGGACGUCAUGGGCAAGAUCCUCCAUUAUAUCUACACCUCUGAGUUGGAGAUCACAGAGCAGAAUGUGCAGGACAUCUUCUCCGUGGCCAACAUGUUCCAGAUCCCCUCCAUCUUUACCGUCUGUGUGUCCUUUCUGCAGAAGCGGCUCUGCCUCAGCAACUGCUUGGCUAUCUUCAGGCUGGGGUUGAUGCUGGACUGUGCCCGGCUGGCUGUCGCAGCUCGGGAUUUCAUCUGUGAUCGCUUUGCACUAGUCUCCCGGGACGACGAGUUCUACCAGCUCUCCCCAGAUGAGCUCAUUGCCAUCAUCUCCAGUGAUUCCCUCAACAUCGAGAAAGAGGAGGUAGUCUUCGAAGUGGUGAUGAAGUGGGCAGGGACCAAGGACCGUGAGAGCCGGCAGAAAGCCCUACCAGUUGUCUUUGAAAGCAUCCGCUUCCGCCUCAUGCCCAAAGACUACAUCAAGGACCAUGUGGAGAAGCAUGCCAUGGUGAAGUCCAGCCCAGAGCUGCUCAAGAAAUUGCAGAUGGUGAAGGAUGCCCAGGAAGGCAAAUUCACUGUGGUGAAGAAGAAGAAAGUGAAGAAAAGCAGUGAAAAGCAAGCAAAAGACAAAAUUGUCAAUGGAGCAGUAGAUGAGGAAGAAGAGACAGAGGAGGAUGCCCUUCCAGGGAUCUUAAAUGACACAAUGCGCUUUGGGAUGUUCCUCCAGGACCUCAUUUUCAUGGUGAGCGACAGUGGAGCAGUGGCCUAUGAUCCCACCGCCAAUGAGUGUUAUUUUGCCUCUCUGUCUGCUCAAAUCCCGAAGAACCACAUCAGUCUGGUGACCAAAGAAAACCAGAUCUUCAUUGUGGGAGGACUGUACUACAAUGAGGACAGCAAAGAGGACCCCAUGAGUUCCUACUUCCUACAGUACGACCACCUGGACUCAGACUGGCUGGGGAUGCCCCCGCUGCCCUCUCCUCGCUGCCUUUUUGGCCUGGGAGAGGCUGAAAAUUCCAUUUUUGUGGUCGGCGGGAAAGAGCUGAAAGAGGGCGAAAAGACUUUGGACUCUGUCUUGUGCUACGACCGUCUGUCCUUCAAGUGGGGUGAAGCAGACUCUCUUCCCUAUGCAGUCUAUGGCCACGCGGUGGUAUCGCACAAGGACCUCAUCUAUGUCAUAGGCGGCAAAGGAAGUGACAAGAAGUGUCUGAAGAAGAUGUGUGUCUACAACCCGAAUAAGUUUGAGUGGAAGGAGCUGGCUCCCAUGAAAACUGCCCGUUCCUUGUUCGGAGCAACUGUGCACAAUGACAAAAUCUACGUGGCAGCUGGCGUGACCGACUCCGGCUUGACGAACUCAGUGGAAGUGUAUGACAUUGCAUCCAACAAGUGGGACACCUUCACGGACUUCCCUCAGGAGCGCAGCUCGGUCAGCCUGGUGAGCUUGUCUGGGAUACUCUACCUGCUCGGGGGAUUCGCCACGGUGGAGACGGAGUCAGGAGAGCUGGUGCCAACUGAGCUGAAUGACGUUUGGAGAUAUGAUGAAGAACAGAAGAAGUGGGAAGGGGUCCUCCGAGAGAUCCAGUAUGCUUCUGGUGCCACUUUCCUUCCCGUGCGCCUCAACGUUUUGCGGCUAACAAAGAUGUAAUGAGGCAUGGUUUAUUUUUUUUCCAUGGGGCUCUGGGGCAAGGAGGAAGCAUCAGGGGGGUGGGGAGGGUUGAGUUCAUGCCUAUCAGCGCAGGAAUGUGGCAGGGUUUCUCUGCAUACGGUGUAGGACAUUGCAUCUGUGAUUGAUUGUUACCACGUCAUCUAGUCAAACUGGAAAGGGGAAAAAUCAUCUUGAAGCCAUACGGGAACUUGAAGCUGCUCACGGUAUAACUAGAGAGGGGAUCUGAGGACUCCAAGGAGCUGGGGUAGACUAAUGAGCAUGGAGCAAAGACCUCCACCAGUCUCAGUAGACAGGACAAAAAGGUCUAUAUUCUUGUUCCACUUCUUUCUCCAGCUUCUUCCCUACCUUCUCUGUUGAACCUCCCCAACCAUGCGUGGAGGCAGAGAGGGGCUCCCAAGGGGCUAAGCUGAAGUUCCCCCAGGCCAGGGGGUCUCUAAUGUAUUUCCCCACCCGAGGUAGCUGUAAGCAGUGUGGUGUUAGACAUGUCCUCUGAGAGGAAGAGGAGAGCAGAGGCAAAGGCAAGUGGUGCAGGUUGGACCUGGGGGACUUUGAUGAUCUCCAGAGUGAUGACGGUUGUUGGAGUGAGACGGUGAAAAGAGCACGUGUGCAUGGGCAGGAGAAACGCCUUGGACAUUGCAACGUAAAGAAAAGAAUUGUAGUUCCUUUGUCUCCACCUAGUCUUUGGACUGAAGAGACACCAGGAGCUAAGGUCUGCAGGAGGGACAGAGCUGUGCAAGCAGUGGGGUAGGUAAGGGGGAGACAGGGAGGGAGGACCAUGUGUGGUCAUCACCAUCCUUUCGAGCUGAUCAAGCAGAGCUGCAUCCUUUCCACCUUCAAUCACAGGCUGCAGUGUCCUCACCUCUGGCUGGACAAAUGCUGUUUGUCGGGGAAAGGUUUUAUAUUUAUGUUGUCUCACUUAUUUUUAAUUUUUUUUUAAGAAUAUCCUAGUUUGCAAAGUACAUGGAGAUUUCAAAUGUGUUUGAUUCAAAGAGUUUCAUAUUGAUGAUUUUUUUUUUUAAGUUAUCCAUAAUGAUGUUUUGAUAGAAACAUAACCUUACUGGCAGCAGGACAGAGACCUGGCGGAGUGAAAAACUCCUGAUAUCCACGCCAUCCGACCAGUGGUUUAUUUAAAAAUAA